UGGUUUACGCUGCUCAAAAUAACUUGGGACCUGCAAACUGACAAAUGCGAUUGCUCCGGUGGUGACAGGUUGUCCGGCUCCUCACAGCCAUCCUCACAAUAACGAAGGUUAACUUCCUUCGCUCCAUGGACUCCGAGCUGUUUCUGUUCCUGAGGACUUGAAGAAUUCCCUCGCUUCCUCAGCUUUAACCUCACGCUUCUGGAUAAUUGUCGCCGCUACUGACUGCCAGGGUUGGGCAGCAACAUCUGGAGGAAUUGAAAAAGCAUGCAAGACGACAGUUUAGAAACCUCAACUUCUAUAUCUCAGCUUCUGAGAGAGAGUUAUUUAGCUGAAACUAAGCAUCAAGGGAAGAGCGAAAGAAGCAGAUCAGAGCCAGUUUCUCAUAAUUUCCACUAUGGCAACGCUUCUGGUGAUUCAGAUGAGGUAGCUGCUCAAGAUGACCUUCCAGAUCUCUCUGCCUUUUUGAGCCAAGAAGAGCUUGAUGAAAGUGUAAACCUAGCAAGACAAGCUAUUGAUCAGAAUCCACUGGAAACUAAACAGGAUGAGCUUCAGGCACAGUCACAGCAUCCUCCAGAUCAGCUGAACAACCCGGGAAAACACAAACAAAUGGCCCAGUCUACAGCUUUGAAAACGUCAGACAACGGCCUGCACUCCAACUUUUGUCAGGACCAUAUCAGAAAUACAAAGGGCUCCAAAGGGAGCUCUCAAGAUCUGAAGAAACAUCACCUCCCUUCUGAAUCAGAAUCCAAAAAGGAAUUCCUAAACAAGGCGGCAGAUUUCAUUGAGGAGCUCUCCUCACUUUUCAAAGCUCACAACUCUGAAAGAAUAAGACCCCGAACAUGCAAAAACUACAGGAGCAAGAUUGAUUCCAAGAAUAAAUCUGCUCAAAAAGGUAGCUCUAGCCUGUCUCUCACAUCAGAAAACAGAGAAAGGCUUUCCAUUCCAGCAUGUCAAGACUUGGAAAACAAAGCAGAAAAAACACUUGAACAAACAGAUGAUCAACAGGCAGAAAACUUGGAAUCUAUUAAUCAAUUAACAAGUGCAGAGCUAAAAACAGAGUCAGAAUCUGCAUCUGUGUAUUCUGAUGAGCCUAUCGGACAACCACCACGCUUUACUCAGAAACUGAAGAGCAGGGAAGUUCCUGAAGGAACCAAAGUGCAGUUGGACUGCAUUGUGGUAGGAAUCCCGGCACCUGAAGUCAGGUGGUACUGUGAAGGGAAGGAGCUUGAAAACUCACCAGACAUUCAAAUUAUCCAGACAGGUGAUCAGCACUCAUUGAUUAUUGUUGAAGCUUUUGAGGAGGACACAGGACGUUACUCGUGCUUUGCUUCAAACAUCUAUGGAACAGACUCCACUUCUGCAGAGAUUUACAUAGAAGGAAUCUCUUCUUCUGACUCUGAAGGUGAAAUCAUCACAAACGAAAUGGAUCACAAAUCAAGGACAGCAGACACCUCUGUGAAUGCAGCAUCUCCUGCUGUCAGAACUGCAACCAAGCAUCAAGAAACCUCCAAGGCACCACCAGCUGUGUUCCAGCCCGUGUCUGUACCUGUCCAGACUGUGCCAACAGCAGUUAAUCCGGCCCAAAGCCCCACUAACUAUUUACAAGGACUGGAUGGAAGACCUAUAAUUGCUGCUCCUGUAUUUACAAAGAUGUUACAGGAUAUUUCAGCUUCUGAGGGGCAGCUUGUUGUCUUUGAAUGUCGGGUGAAAGGAGCUCCUUCCCCAAAGGUUGAAUGGUAUAGAGAAGGAACACUGAUAGAAGAUUCUCCAGAUUUUAGGAUAUUACAGAAAAAACCACGAUCUAUGGCUGAACCAGAGGAAAUUUGUACUCUUGUUAUUGCUGAAGUAUUUUCAGAGGAUUCUGGCACUUUCACCUGUACUGCAAACAAUAAAUAUGGCACAGUAUCCAGUACAGCACAUCUAACUGUCAGAGCAUCCGAAGACAGUAACAAUGCUGCCACCCUUCACACCACGAGCUCCAUCGACUUUGUUGCUACUGAACACCAACCUCCCCUACACGCUCCUUCCCACCACGGAACAAAUCAAACACCUAAACCUAAACUUGAAGGUGUUCUCGUGAACCACAACGAACCCAGAUCGAGUUCCAAGAUUGGGCUCCGUGUGCACUUCAAGCUGCCUGAAGAUGAGAAAGGAAGUGAAUCAUCAUCAGAGGAUGGACCUGGUGCUACAAACCAAAUCAGACCCAACCAUUUCCCAGAGAAGAUAAAUGGACAGCCAAUGAAAAUAACUGAGCCAACUUCACCAUCCAAGGAACCUCCCCCGGUACUGGCUAAACCAAAGCUUGAUCAGAGCCAGUUAAAACAGCUCCACAACCAGGUCUUGCUUGAACAGCAGCAGGUGCAUCAGGCAUCUCUAAGAGAGCUGUCAUUCAACACAGUUUCAUUGAAUUCUGCUACUUCACUCCACCAACAGUCCACCACAACUCUGUACAAGCAAAGCUCAGCCUCUGCUUCACAAGCUUUUGGCUACACCCGCCCCAAGCAGUUCCUGCCAUCCCAAACCUCGCCACCGGCCAGCUCCUCCCUUGCAGCAUUCAGCAACGUCCCUCAACCAGCUCAGAGAACAAAUAACACGGAAAAUUUCACUGGAAAUCCCCCACCUGCCCAAUCGAGGUCUUCGGGAGGGUUUACAAGCAAAAGCGAACAGUCUCUCCCAAGCCCCAAAGAAUCCGCGGUGCCUCCGUUAACACUCUCCACAUCCAGCGUAAAACACUUCCAGCCACAGACUGUGACUCCUGCUCCCAUCUCCCCGACUGGGCGGAUUCAGAACCCAGUGGCUUUCCUUAGUGCUGUCCUUCCCUCGCUUCCUGCUGUGCCAUCAACCAAUGCCAUGGGCCUGCCCAGAAGUACUCCAGCCACCCCAACCCAGGGAUCAACAAAGAAAAAACUGAAGCCUCUGCCAUUAGCAACAGGUGAUUCCAUUCGGGAAAAUAAAGCUGCUCUUUUAAAGGACCUGGAAAAAAAAUUGCAUUUCAGAGAGGAUGCUCCUCAACACAGUAGUCAGCAGGAAUACAGGAUUUCAAGCUUUGAGCAGAGGCUGAUGAACGAAAUCGAAUUUCGCCUUGAACGAACCCCGGUGGAUGAAUCAGACGAUGAAGUCCAACACGAGGAAAUCCCUACAGGCAAAUACAUAGCACCCAUCUUUGAUAAGAGACUCAAACAUUUCCGGGUAAUGGAAGGAUCCCCUAUCAUAUUCACCUGCAAAAUAGUUGGAAUACCUGUUCCUAAGGUAUACUGGUUCAAGGAUGGCAAGCAGAUCUCAAAGAAAAACACGCAUUUCAAAAUGAACAGAGAAGAAGAUGGAACAUGCUCUUUACAUAUUGAAGCUGCUACCAAUGAUGAUGAUGGCAACUAUACUAUUAUGGCUGCAAACCCACAAGGGAGAAUCAGUUGUUCAGGCCACCUGAUGGUUCAAAGUGUCCCUGUGCGGAGCCGAAUAUCAACAACUCAGCCUCACAGAACACGACCCCGAGUGCCAGAAGGAGACAAAGAGGCAGUUCAAGAACGCUUUUUCAGGCCAUACUUUCUACAGGCUCCAGGUGACAUGGUAGCACAUGAAGGGCGACUUUGUAGGUUGGAUUGUAAGGUGAGUGGGUUACCAACUCCAGACCUGACGUGGCUCCUCAACGGCAAACCUGUGCUACCAGACGGCACCCACAAGAUGCUGGUCAGAGAGACUGGGGUUCACUCUCUGCUGAUUGAUCCUCUCUCCCAAAAUGAUGCUGGAACUUACACCUGCCUUGCCACUAAUAGAACAGGACAAAAUUCAUUUAGUCUGGAGCUCACUGUUGUAGCAAAGGAAGUAAAAAGAGCCCCCAUGUUCUUGGAGAAGCUUCAGAACUGUGGUGUUCCAGAAGGGUACCCCGUCAGAUUAGAGUGCAGAGUUGUGGGAAUGCCACCCCCCAUAUUUUAUUGGAAGAAGGAUAAUGAGACCAUCCCAUCAAACAGAGAGAGGAUGAGCAUGCAUCAAGACACAACAGGGUAUGUCUGCCUCCUCAUCCAGCCUGCCAAGAAAGCAGAUGCUGGCUGGUACACCUUGUCUGCAAAAAACGAAGCUGGUAUCAUCUCUUGCACCGCUCGACUUGACAUAUACGGUAGGUACUGGCUGGUGAAUAAAACCAAUCAGAAAUUAUUGGCUUCGACUGGGUGUGAAAUCGGUGUCACAGGUUAAUAAGGCCCCCAGGAGGAGGUAUAAUGAUACAGCUAAGUGGCCAGACUAGCUCUGCUGCAUCAGCUUGAAGACAGGUAAGGAAAGAAAAAGCUCUAGAAAGAGUUUUGCACAAUAUUCUCUACUCCCGUUUCCCACCUUUCAGAUUCCCUGGACACAUAAGCAUAUAAACACGCAUUCAAGUUGAACCUUAACUCUGUUCCCUCUGCCACAUGCCUCUGCCACAGUCCUGACCCAAGAUGGAGCAAUAAAUUGCACACAAGAAAGUGGAGCCCUUCUUCCACAGGGCACGGAUGGGGCAAACUGAGCCCAGUUGAUGAGGGCUAGUUUACAUCUAAUACUAGGACUCAGAAGGCCCCAGCCCACUUCAAAAACUACAGCACAUCAUUUAAUUACUCUUUUAUCUCUGUAAGAUGUAAUAGUCAAAGCAGUUUAUCUAGGGCAAGAGAGUACUUUGAUCAUUUAAGCAGCAUAAUAAAACAGAAAACAUACUUUGUAUUUAUAUAUAUAUACACACAUAUAUAUAUACAUAUUUUCCACAAACUGGCUGGAUUAUAACCAGACCCUCAAAGGCAAAAGAGACCAACGUUUUCAAACUUGUAUUUCUAAUUUUUUUUUAAAACCCAUCUAAUUAUCAAAAAAAGGUCACCAGUACAUCUCUGUCAGCUUCCUGCCACCUGGUGGUGAUACGGGCAAUAGUAAUGGAAGGAUCAAGAGGGGGCUGGGGAGAGGCUCAUUCAA